AUGAAGAAACCUUCAAUGAUCUCAGCGCUGAUCACUCUCAUAUUAGCUGCAGCUGUCUGCACUACCUACGGAGAACCGGUGAAAGAUACCGCCGGAAAUCCAGUACGAGUUGGUGAAAAAUACUUCAUCACCCCAGUAAACACCGGUGGUGGUCUUGUCCCACACCACCAUUCAAAUUUUCCCUUUUGUCCACUUGGCAUCGCAGUCAUUCCGUACCCACCCGGCCUAGCCGUCAGCUUCACAUAUCCUUUUUCUCUCCCUGUCAUCGUUGCGACAUCUUCCUUUGUAAACAUCGAGUUCAGGUCCGACAAUUGGCCUGAUUGCAACGAGUUUUCCAAGUUCUGGCAAGUUGAUAAUACAUCAUCGUCUAGCAAAGAGCCUGCGAUUAUCAUAGGAGCCGAAAAUAGAGGGUUUAAGAUAGAGAAAGCUGGUGAAGAAGCAGGAGAAAACACUUACAAGCUGACCACCUUAACCGGAACCGUUGGAGCAAUCCCAAGGACAAGCAUACGUGAAGCACAACUAGUUCUCACCAAUGAUGAUGCUAAGACCUUACUCGUCCAAUUCAACAAGUUUCAUGAUGCUACUACGGUUACUACUUCGACUUCUCCGGUAGAGAAAUUGCUUCCAAAGAUGUUUCCAUUCUACUAG